ACGCGUUUGAAUAUUUCUUUUCUUCCCUUCUUCCUUGUCUCUCUCUCUCUCUCCCUCUCCCUCUCCCUCUCCUCUGCUUCUCAAUGCUAUAUAGUUUGUCUGUUUCCUUCUCAAUCCCCAGAUAACUUCACAAUACUGAUUCUUUCUUUCUUGGCAAUUAAUUCGCUUCAGCGCGUCUUCAAUUCUUUGCUGCUUUGCUGUGUUUCUUCCUUCAAGCUUUACAGGCACUUGGUCUGGUAACUCUUUCAGCUGCUAGACGUUGAAAUAUCUGCCAAAUUCACUUGUCUGUAUAAAAUGUUUGGCUUGACAAAAUCCUCCCCAAGUGUUGCCAAACAUAACCAGGUUGACCCACAAUACCCCCCUCCUUCACAUGGUAACCCAUUUGAUUCUAAUGAUGAGUUGGGUACUAACAAAACCUUGAAGCCCUCCAAGAGAUCUUCUUCAGAACCAGGCCUCAGUGCACCAAGCUCUCGCACCAAUCCGUUUGAUGACUUUGAGGAGAAAGGAUUAUCUUCUUCAUCCUCUUCCCAUUCCGUUGCUUCUACUUCAAGACACAAGUUUAAGAAUGAUUUCCGCGACUCAGGAGGAAUAGAGAACCAGUCUGUGCAAGAGUUGGAGGACUAUGCUGUUUACAAGGCUGAGGAGACUACAAAGGCAGUCAAUGGUUGCUUGAAGAUUGCUGAGGAUAUAAGAGAGGAUGCUUCUAAGACUUUGAUCACCUUGCAUCAGCAAGGAGAACAAAUAACCAGGUCGCACAAUGUUGCGGUGGAGUUGGAUAAUGAUCUUUCUCGGGGUGAGAGACUUUUAGGAUCCCUUGGUGGCAUGUUCUCUAAAACUUGGAAGCCAAAGAAGACUCGUCCAGUGAUGGGGCCUGUGAUCACAAAAGAUGAAUCUCAACGGAGAGGUAACCAUCUUCAGCAGAGGGAAAAGUUGGGUCUGAGUACUGCAUCGAAGGGGGCAUCUAACCCACGGAAGCUCCCAACUGAACCAACUAAUUCAUAUCAGAAAGUUGAGAUGGAGAAGGCCAAGCAGGAUGAUGGACUCACAGAUUUAAGCAACCUAUUGGGGGAGCUGAAAGAUAUGGCUGUUGAUAUGGGAACCGAAAUAGACAAGCAAACCAAGGCUCUGGAUCAUUACCAGGAUGAUGUGGAUGUGCUAGAUAUCCGUGUUAAGGGAGCCAAUCAACGCACUCGUCGUUUGCUGGGGAAGUAGUAAAUUGUCCUAGUUCAUGUUAGAUACUGUGCGGCUCUGCUGGCUGGUAGAGAUGUUUACUCUCGCUCAUCUUCUCACUGUAUCUCUCACCUAUGUGCUUGAAUUGUUAUGGGAAUUCAAUCUCCCUUUUAAUAAGACGGUACAUUAUCUUCUAUAUCAAACUGACAUUGUAAUUGAUACACCAUUUGAUCAUUUAUACAGUUUGACCCUCGUGGCUGAGUGUCCAGCAUCAGAGAACCUUAUUGGCACUAUUUCUCAAUUUACGUUCAGCAGUGGUAGUAUGUAGUAAUGUAGUGAGUGGCAGUCAGGUAAAUUGUUUGGUGUCAAUGGCUCAAUGCAUAUAUGGUAUAACAGCAGGGGAAGGGGCACAGGUAAUAAUCUAGAAGGAAUAGGUUCAAGAGAUGAGAGAAUUAAGGAUACCUACCAGUGAGUGUUCUUAACCAUCCCUCAACCGGAGGGGGAGUGGAACCCCCACCAUU